UUUUGACUCAAAAUGUAGAUAUUCUUUGGAUUUUAAUUUGUAUAUUAAUUUAUUCGUUGCUAAUUUGUGUUAACCAAAGGAAAGAUAACCUUUGUGCUGGUAAGAACUGUGAUGAUAAGAAUAAGUAUAUUUUGAAUAGUCCUAUCUUUCUCUAAAAUAAAAUGCGAUGUAAACCAUUUUAGGGAUAGAAUAGUAUUCUUCCCUAAAAAGAGCACACUGCUUUGCAAUUAGCAGAAAACCAAUACGAAUAACUUUAAAAUACCACUAAGCUCUAAUUUAUUUUAAUAACCUUUUUAUUAAACAUUGUUUAUCACCAACAUCAUUUUCCAAGAAUGACUGAAACUGUUCUUUCAAAAAUGUCUGAACCUACAGAUGAAAAACCCAUCCUACCACUAUACAAUGAGGAACAAACUUCCUAUGCAAAAAGACGUUUAUUUAUAACAAGAGUUAGAAAAGUUGAUGCGAUUAUUCAAUUCCUAAUUCAAGUAUAUAUUAUUGUUCUGAACACAUCAAGAAUUAUAUAUCGUCCAGAAAGGGCUACAAUUUUUAUUGAUGAAUUAUGCUGGACCAUUGGUCAUUUAUUAAUAUCUAUAAUAAUCAACAUUGCAAUUAAUCAUUGUUUUGCUAAAGAAAGAACUUCCAAAAGCCCAUAUCCUAGACUUAUACUUGCUACUAGAGUUUUAACGGCAAUCAAUUUGCUGAUCUCUUUGAUUAAUAUGUGUAGAGUUCAUUUUAAUCAAGCAGCUAUGAAAUCCUAAUAUUGAUAAUGACAAGUUAGCUAUACCAAGAAAAUUUAACAAUAUUCAAUUAAAAGACCUGUAUUAAAUUUUAUGUUCUGCUAAAAUCAGUUUAUAAUUGAUUUCGCAGUCAGACAGACAGUUUUAAAAAUGGAACCACAAAACACAGACAAAAAUAAGAUAAAAAUUUAAGCAGACAGACAGACAAAAACACAUCAAAAAAAGAGCGUAAAAUAUUAA